AUGGCGGGGAAUCUUGCGGAUCUCGUGGGGAAAGUUCUCCAGGGAACUUGUGGUUGGUCGGAUUCGUCGAUUGUGAAGUGCGGAAGGUUUUAUCCAGCUUCAGUUAAGACAGCAGAAGACCGUUUACUGCAUUAUUCUAGAUUUUUCCCUUGUGUUGAAUGCGACACGAGUAAUUAUGCGAUUCCUAGUCCAAUGAGAGUGGAAAAAUGGCUCAAGUGCGUUCCGACGGGUUUUAAGUUCCACUUCAAAGCAUUUGGAUUAUUUACAAGGAAGGUAAGAGUUACCAUAGAAGUUACAGCUAUAAACUGUUGGACAUGAUAAUGAAUUUCACAGCGGGGUAUCACUACAACUGGGUGGGUGGAGGAGGCGGAGCGAGGGGCAUCGGAAGCCUCUAGUGUCGUGAUUCUUUUCCAACAAAUUUAUUACCUUGGGUAGAAGAGUUUUUGUGACAGUAUUUUUACUUCCCCUGAUGUGAUUGUAUUUUGUAUCUGGUGGGGCUGUGCUCUAGACCAUGGGGCUUAUUAGUCCCCCUUAGCUUGAGCUACAUUGUUUACCCCUCAAACAGGUUAUUUAUGUAAUCUUUUUGAAAGGUCAUACAAGUUAUUUGGUAACAUAACACAAUAGCUGGGCUAGGGCUUAUGCUGUUAAACUCUUGACACAAAUUCGUUACACUGAUCACCAGACAAAACAUCAUCAAGUAUACUUGACUUGAAAUGACACAUGUCACAUGGUUGCCUAAUAUCCAAUAUUCAGACUCUGAAUGAAAAAUUCUUAUUUCAGACUUAGAAGGAAUUAUUUGGUUUGGUUCUUGAGCAAGAUACUAGGCUCCUACAGUAUAUUACUCUAUCAAGAAGGAUAGAUGGGUUUCCUGGCAAAUCUUCUGGAUCUUGCUGUGCAUCAGUUCUCUAUUCAAAGGAAUUAAAUACAUUCCUAGUCUCUUUACACUUCUGAACAAGGAUUUUAACUCUUACAUUUGUGAGCUUAUAGUGUUUGAAGACUUAAGAGGACUUGACUCACAUAGUAAAAGAUUUAUAGCUCAUGAGACUAUAUUACUAAAUUAACUAACAAGUGAGAGCUUUAAUAUUUACCCUUUAACUUCCUGAAGUGGUUAACAUGUAACUUUUCCUUAUAUCCAUGUAUUAUCCAGCAAACAGGUACCAAGAAUACUCAAAGUUAUUUGGUAGAGGGUGAUAUCCUGAUCCAACACAAAGUUAUCACAACUAAUUUACAAGAAUUCAGGGAAUUAGGGAUGGCUUGGUGGUGAAAGCACUCACCUCCCACCACUGUGGCCCAGAUUCGAUUCCCAGACCUGGUGUUAUAUGUUGGUUGAGUUUUUUGUUGUUGUUUCUUGUCCUUGCUCCAGGGUGUUUCUCCAGGUCUUUAAGUUUUUCCCUCUCUGCAAAAACUAACUUUUUAAAAUUCCACUCUGACCUGGAAACAGUGGAAAAGAGUCACCUCAUGAACUGUAUGCUGCUAAUAUAAGUCCCAUUUAUUUUAAGAAUUGUAUAGCAGCUAGAGGAGUGAAUUAAGAAUCAGAUGUUGGGAGUUUAAGGGUUAAACCUCUCAGAAAGACUAGAGGGAUUGAAACUGCUCUGGUUUUUCAGUCAAUCUCUAUGUCAGCACUACCACAUAUUGUCAGAGAUGAGCUUCCACAGAAUGUCAUUAGAGGACAAAUGUCAAUCACCUGGGAGGAAUUAAGUGUACUGCAAAAACAGAAGCUCUGGGACAGAUUCAACUCUGCUCUUCUACCUGCUUAUCAGAAAAACAAAUUGGGAGUUGUCAUUUUCCAGGUAACCUGGUGAUAAUUGUUGUAAAUUAACAAAUGAAGCAUCCACCAAGGAAUAUCUUCAUGUUCCUUGAUUUUGAUUAGUUGUUGAAUGUGCAUUUUAAAUGAUGAUCUACAAAAGCCAGUUAUUCUGUUACUAGAUAUUCCUUUAUUAUGCAUGUUAGGGUUUUUGAAUUAAUGUACAUGUCAUUUGCACAGCCAUUUCUUUAAAUUUCUUUCCAAUCUUGCUAAAGUAAAAAAUUAUAUUAUGAAUUAAAAAACAUUUUCAAUGUCAUACUGUUUGUUAUUUUGAGGCGAAGGGGGCCUAAAGAUGUAGCUAAAAGAAACACAAAAGAAGUAUGACUACAAACAGAAUUGAAUAUGCUAAGCCCUGUUAUCAAUUUUAACAAUUAAUCAAAACCAGGAAAAAGAUUUGAGGAAAAACCAGAAAACCAUCGUAAUGGUGUCAAGUGUAAGUGGUGACAUAACAAGAACAUUGUUGUCUAAGCACAAGAGAAAUGAGUAUGCUGUCCAAUUGAGCCUGCUUACAGCUAAUAAGGCUCGAUCAAUUUCAUAUUUAUCGCUUUGUUUGUUUGUAAAAUCACUUUGUAUCCUUCAGUUUCACUUAGGUUUUCAUCCUAUCAAUGAAAAUAAGGAGCACAUUAUGGAGUGUAGAAAAUUUCUGGGUGUGAAUUAUCCUAUGGCUGUAGAGUUUCCCUCAAGAGUUUGGUUUACAACUGAGAAUUUACAUACAACCCUGGACUGGUUGAAACAGCACAAUAUUGGUGAGUACAGCAACUUUUAAUUUGGAAUAAGAAAAUUAGAAGAAUGCUAAAGGCUAAAUUGAGGCAAAUGGGAUUACUUUUGAGAAGUUAUCAUGCCUGUAAUACAACACCUUCCUUAGUAGGAAACUCAAGAUUAAAAGUUCCUGAGUUUCUAGGUGGGGCUAAAGUGUAUUGUACAAAGGUAUGACACUAAACUUUCACAAGAGCCCCUCACCAUCCAUGAAUAUGAAUGACAUCACAAAUCAUAGAAUUCUUUUGUAAGAGUUUGAUGGCCUGAGUUGCUUUUUAUUCAGAGGUAGAGAGUACUUUCCUUUUAAGUUACACUGUUUUCCUGCUUAUAUAUUUCUUGAAAAAACCCAGAAGUGAGUGCCAAAGAAUUUGCCAUAGAAACAUGGAUAGAUACAAAGAGUAAUUUGGGAUUGACAAGUGCCCCAUCUAAGGGACACACCCAUAUUUCUAUGAUUCCUCUUUAUGCUAUGGAAACCAAGACAUGCUCCAGCAGUUUGUGUGCUAGAACCUUGUUCAGGUGCAGACUCUACAUGACUAUAUAUUGUAACAGUGCAUUUUUGUAAAAGAUCAAUUAUUUUUUGUGAUUAUUUUUCAUAUAAGGCCUGGUGGUUGCUGAUGAACUGCAAAGUGAGGUCAGAAAAGCAUUUUGUAAUCACUUUCAGGGGUUCUCUUAUUCUUAACCUACCUCAAAAUUUUGCUUGUUAAUUACUGUUUAUGUUCUAUUUAGAUGAUAUUUAAGUUACAAAUUGGUCAUAUUUGUACAUUUCUUCCUCUGCUCUAUAUUCUGAAUAGUUUUGGUGACCACUUAUUGCAGCCCUCUAUAGCUGUGCACUUUUUCCUAGUUUUAUCCUCCAUCCUUUCUAUUUGUAUUAGGAAACUGAAAAUAUUCAGACAAUUAUUGUUCAAGCAGGUGUAGUCAUUACAAUUACCUUUGACACAAUAGAGAUUUCAGUUAUUAGUUCCAACUUUGCUGGAUGGUUUUGGGAAUGUAUCCUAAAAUGAGUUCAUUUAUCAAUUCUGAAAUUCCAUGUCCAAUUUGUUUACAGCUCUAUGUUGAAAAGAACAAAUCAGCAGAUGGACAAGGGAAGGUACUUUCAUUUAUUUUGACAGUCAAAUUCCUUUGAUCAUAGCUACACUUUUUCAGGAUACGCUUAUGUUAGAUUAGCAUUACAAAUUAUGAUUUAAUACAUACCAUACAGGCAAGUAGUGCUUUUAGGGUGCAUUGAAUGGCUGGUUUGGAAUUGAGUUGAAAGUACUAUCAAAAUUGCUCAUCAAGAGUUUAAUUUCCCACCAUCUGUGUGGUUUAUGCUCAAAAAAACACCUCAGUGUUGGUGAAAGUGGUGGAUAUUUAUCUUGCUGUUUUGUGGCUUGGUAAAUAUCCACAACUAUUUACCCAACUUUUUUGAGUAAUUGUUAAUAUACUGAAUUCUGGAACAUAUACCUACUUACUUAUUUACUUGGGCACCCUGGAAUACAAAUGAAUACUUGGAAGCUGUCAGAAGCCUUUCGGAAAGGGUUUAGCCGUAAUAGACCUUCCUCACAUCCAGCAGAGGGGAGGGGUGGGGGUUAGCAGCUAAGUACUUUCACUCCCUACACCCUCUGUUGGCUUCAUGCUAUUCAAACAGGAACAAGUUGUAAUGAAAUCAAGCAGUUGUGGGCCUGUAGGCUUAUGUACAUUUUACAAGUAACAUGAACAUAUCAAGUUUGAUGAUUAUACGUCUUAAAGAACAUUUACUUUACAAGGACGCAUAUUAUGUUUUCUAUAUAAGUGUUUGAUUGAUUCUUAUAUGGGGUCAUUAUUUUAUUGUUCCAUUUUACUACCAACGCUGAAAAAGAAAAAAUUUUCCCUUAGCUUCCAUCAUUGUUAAAUUUUUCAGCUUUCAUCACUCUUUUGUGUUCAUCCUGAACAUAUUAAGUCUUGUUAGGGUGAGUAAAAGUAAAAAAAAUUGGACAUCAAAAUUAGUCUGAGAGGAUAAAAAGUUGGUUUUUUUGACAGGAGUCAGGUUGUGGAGGAGUGGUACCGAUUAUCAUGGCGCUUGGGUCAUGUGACUUUGCUUAUGUCCGCGUGCAUCGCAGAGUUGGGAAACAACGGGUCUUAAGUGAAGAGGAGAUCAAGAGGUUUGCAGGAGCAGUUGCUAUCUUUCUGUGUCAAUGUAUUUACGAGUCUUGCUCGUUAUAGUAGUCCUAUGUUUGAUAUCAAAGUUGUAUACGUGAGUGUUUAACGCCCAGCAGUGGACCAAUUCAUCUUCCUCUUUUCAUUCCACCCACAGUUUUUUUAGCUCUGUUUUUUCUACGUUUCACCCUUAACAGAAGCCUGAUCAGCUCCCGGGUCUCACGGUUUGGGGAGACAAACUGUCUCGCAUUUGCCUUAACCAGGGAGGUGGUGACUUCACUCAUAACUCACUCUCCACCCGUAACUCUUUUUUCUAUCCACAGUUGGGGAAAGCGCUUACGCUCGCCUGAAUUGCAGAAUUCAAUACAAGGACCAAUUUAUUUUAUGUGGGGAACAGAUCAUGAAGAUCAGGUAGGGUCAGAAGCUUUCGACGAGAGAUUUGUGUUUGAAGUAAUUUUUUCUAUUUUUCCUCCUGUAAAGUUUAUUUUAUGUUUACUAUCUCGGUUGUGACCUGCCUGAGGAAACACUAACUUUUUCGAUGAAAUUGGCCUCUUUUUACUGAAGUAAAACACCCAUCUAGGCUAGAUGAUUUGAAAACGAGUACAUGUGGGGCAAAAUUUGCAGAGCUUUUCAGGUGACAAAUCUGUUCAUGUUCGCUUUUAGCCAAUCAUUAACUCAAAGAACUUGACAAAGGAAAUAGGAAACAUGGCGUACGAUUGGAAAAGCAAGAUCUCCAACACUGGCAUGUUACGGUUCUGCUCAAAAGUUCCCACAACACCAGACAAACAAAAGAAUGAAAGUUACGUUUUAAAAAAAUCGCUUGUCAUUCAAAAGGACUCACUUGAUACGGUGGCUUCUGGAAAAGAUGAUGACGUUAAGGUAUCUGAAACCAUCAUAUCUGCUACAACAGAGUCCGAAGGGUCUGAAAGCAAACGUCCCAUGCCACCCCUCGAAGAGUCUAAGUUGUGCUCGUCUGGUUUGGCCACCAAACGAACUUCAAGUCAAGCAGGUUUAUUAUCUCCCAGAGAAAAGCAUCCAUCACCAAGCUCGAAAAAUCAAAAGAAAUGUUCCACACCAAACAACCAGAGAAUGAUAUCUGAUUUCUUCAAGAAGUGA